AUGGUUGGACUAUAUCAAUACAAUAGUUAUUCCGAAAAAAAGAAGGAGGAAGAAGAAAACUACGCCCAAAUGGCCGACAAUGAAAAAGGUAUUUUGAACUUAAUAACUGACAGUAAAGAAGCUGUUAUUAUACUAGGCAUGCAUAAUCGAGACUGGAAAACGAUAGUCGAAGCAAUCGAAAGAAUUCUUUGUCAACUAGAAACUGUCAGAGAAAAUCCUGAACACUCGACUAUUGAAAUACUCAUUGAAAGCAAGCUACCAGGAUGGAUAUUAGACAAAGUAUAUCAACAAAAGGAUGAUGAGAAAUCAAGCCUCAAACACCAACGAGCAUUCUGCGACAACAGACCUCAACAAUUCAAGCAACUGGACAUAUGCCCAUACCAGAAAGGGAAGUCAAAAUCAGAUCAUGAAGCGGCCAUUAUCAACACGAUCUCCGAAAAGGAGAGGGAAGUUUUACUUUUAUGCAAAGAAAUUAUUGUCUUUAAUACAGAAAAUUCAGAAUGUUACGAAGAAGUGUUAUUUGAUAUUGGUAAAAAAUUAAGCUUCGUAUCCAGAGAAUUAGUAAAUCGUUUAGAACUUGAAGAAAUAUUAUAUAUUAAUAUCUAUACAACUAGAGAAAAUUCAACAAUUGAAAUCAAGAUUUUCUCUAUUUCAAACCAAAUUGGGACCCCACGAUUUGCGGAAGUGGAUAUAUCGAAGAAAUUCGAAAAGCAAGAUAAUAAAAACCCAGUGGACGUGGCUUUAAGAGGACUUUCUCCUAUAGACUUCAGAAAUUUUAAUUCUUCAUGGUAUGGACCAUCAUGGACAUGGAAACCGGAGUAUUUAACCAGUCUUAGAGAACGUACUCAAAAAGAAAUUUCAUCUCCUAAGAGAGAAGAAUUUAUAUCUCCACGGGUUAUACUCAAUAAACCUAAAACACUACGAGGUAUAUGGAAACUAUCCAGAAUAAAAGAACAUCAAGGAAAGGAUGGGAAACUGUGGGCUUCUACAAUAGAAUUAUCAAAUGGUAAAAAAAUCGAAAUACAAGAAUCGAUUGUAAUGCGUAUUCGAGCAUCAGAGAGAAGGAUGUCCGAAGUGGAACAUAUUAACGUUAUCAAUUCAAGGCUUGCUAUUAAUGAUGGUUAUAUUACUACAGAUUCAGCCAUAUCAUUGGAGAUUCGUAAAAUUUUACACAAACAUAAGGAAAUCAAUGGAAUUAUCUUGAAACAAAUCGCACCAGGCAAGCAUAAUUCGAGAUUGGCCAGUAAAAUGAUCAGCGAUAAUGGAAAUCCCUUUAAUACUAUCACUAUUGGAAAAGGAGUGGCUUCAGUAACAUGGUAUGCGAUCGGAAGGCUUGGAAACACUCGUCUUACCACGUCGCUAAUGCAGAAAAGCAAACAACAAGAAGACUGUCCCGCUAGUUUAUAA